AUGGCAAGCAUCUCUCGCGAUGGCAGUAUUCAAUCCGUCGACAUCGGGCUAGAGGUCAACGUCGGGCUCCUCGUCCCUCGUGGGAAGCAAGCUGGCUUCGAGAUGAAGUUUUCGCGACGGCCCGGGAUGCACAAGUUUGACUGUGAUUUCAUGGGCAACCAGACUGACGAGACUGUCAUGGCCCUGUUCAAACAAAAGGGGAUGAUCUACGAUUGA